UCUAAGCGUCAGGUUUCCGUAGCAACAGGUCCUUCACCGAGGCUUCCGGUGUUGUCUCACAUGUCCAAAGAAAACAUUGUAGCUAUCCUUUUUUAAAUUGGAAACAUAUGACUCCAUGUACUUUUGCAACUAACCAUCAUUCGAAGUGUGCUGCUGCAACAUGUUCAACUGAGGGCUGGCGUGUGACCUCUAUGACUGACUGUAGUCGGACUAAACCAGGCAUCACGUCUCAUUCCUGGAAAAAAGGUUGGUGUGUUGCCAUGACGUUCAUCUAGCCUCCUCCAUUGGACCUCUGACUUUAUCAGACAGGAAUUUAAUUACAUCUCUUUUACCUGAACAUUCCUCAAAUUAAAUGUCUUCAGGAAUGCUCUGAAGACCUGUACGAAAGCUCUGAAGACCUGUACGAAAGCUCUGAAGACCUGUACGAAAGCGAAUAGGGAAGCACCAAAAGGGAGAAACUUAAAAAUGCAGAGGCUUUCAUUUCACAUCAUCGCUGUCAUAAUAAGCUAUUUUCUCAAUGGCUGCAUAGUUGUUCACAGCCAGACAGUCUGCAGCCGACCAGCCAAUCUGGAAUGGCACCUACAACCACAAACUGCUCAGGUGAAAUGGACACUCAUGGAAAACAUCUGUGAUAGUAUGGUCCAAUGUUGGGGUGAUCAAGAAAGGACAGAGACCCAAAAGUCAGAUGUUCCGCCAACUUGGAACUUACCUCAGAUUUGUCCUCUAGAGGUGCAGUUUGGCGUCAAGCUGUUUGUUUCUAUUGAUGCCACUCUGGAUUUAUACGGUAUCAGGAUCCUCAAUGUGUCAAAGGAGGACUUUGAAAGUUGUUCCACUGCACCACAGUCACAAGACCAGUUUCUCUGUUCCGAUGACGUUAUGAAUGCGUCUAGGCAGGUCCAACCUAAGUGGCUUCUCCCGGGCCUUCAUUAUUUCAUAGCUUCGCAUGAGGGGAAUUCACAGCUCUGCAAGCUGGGUCUUCGUCUCAACGUCUCUGUGAAGGAACAACAGUGUCAAAGCAGCCCACUAGUGCGACUCUGCUCCGGGAACGGUGUUUGUAGGACAAGCUUUUGGGAAGACGGAGCGUACCGCUGUCAGUGCCGCCAGCAUUACUCUGGAAAGUUCUGUGAGAAGUUUGAUGCGUGUUUGGAAAACCCAUGUGAGAACGAAGGAGUCUGUGUAACCAAUGGUACGACAGAUCACAUCCACGCAACGUAUAAGUGUUUGUGCCCUCCACUUUUUUCAGGGGCUAACUGCUCUGAUGUGAUUGGACGAGAGAACUGUGAAAGAGUUUGUCGUAAUGGAACGUGUCUCCAAGUUUCACCUUUCUCCUUCAAAUGUGUGUGUUACACAGGACACCCAGCUGGAUUUACCGUGUAUAAGCUGGACUGUUUGGAUUUACCUGUUGCCGUUUGGACCUGGACCUACCGAAAACCCGAUUCGUGUACUGAACCCUGCUAUCCUUGACCUCGCCUGCGGUCUGG